AAACAAAAUCUUUUUUGCGAAAGACCUCAAUCUUUUUGUAAUUAUACAAGUUCACUGACCCACAAAGUUUAUUUUGCUAUCGCUAAGCUGUCUGCUUAAGACGGUCGGUCAAUAGGUCAAACAGCCAGAGAGAGGAAUCAUCGCAGUCUUCUAAUGUCAUAAGAUUAGAAGCUCAGUUACUCUUGCUGUUUCCAUGUCAGUGAUGCUUUUGAAUAUCAGCAAUCGAGUACCAUUUAUUGUUAUUUACUCAAUAUACUUUUAGAAAGAAUCCUUCGCCCACAUCGUUUGAAGAGCUGCUUCACUCACGUGAUCGGGCCUCCGCGGGACACUAGUUGUUUCUCCUAUCAAUCACUCUUCAUCAUGGAUGACUUCCUAGAUACCUCCGGAAUUGGUAAAUCUACCAGAGCAACCACUUUCAUAUGCUAAUUAUCAUAGAUAUGAAUAACAGUUCAAAUCUUUCCAUUUAUAUCCAAUUGAUUACCUUCAGAAAAGGUUCAGCGGAAGAGGUAUCUAUUGAUGUACCGGAAGACUGUCAAGUUAAGACGGCUCGAUGUCUUGCAGAACGUUUGAAUUUUCGUUUUCGGUUUCUAUAUGAUACUCGCAAAGUUAUCAUUACCCGGGACGCGUCACUUCAUAGCCUGGAGCUACCAGACCUGGAUUAUUUCGAGGCUGGCAUGCAAGAAUCGUAUUAUCAUGAUUACAUUGAUACUAGAGAUACGAACAUGAACGUGGACAUCUCUACAUACCAAGAUUUCUCAAUGCCUCUCUAUGAAUUCUCUAGUGGGUUUGAGGCAGCUGUGCAAAACAUUGGUCUCUCAGAUGAGCUAUUCUCCGGCAAACCACUGAAUCUGGACGACGCUACAUUCAAUGAUCUUGCGGACGAAUUUCCGGGUGAGCAUAUUGGUGAUGAGACAUUCCCAGACUGGGAAGAUCUAGUGAAUAUUGUGGACCAACAUGACCUUGACCUGGAUACCGACAUGCUGGAUAACACUCAGCUCGACAACAGCACUCUUGAUAAUGCACUUCAAUCAUGUCAAACUAAUCAGUUGGAAAUAAACACUUCAGCUGGUACCAUGAUCCAAAAUCCUAUAACUGACAUUCCAGCAUGGAGAGAGACACAUCUAGCCCCUGCUGCAGUAUUGGAUAUGCCAAUACCUCGACCUCUCAGCCGCGCAGAAACAAUUCAGAAUGUACGGUCUAAUAAAUCGCAGUCACAAGGAAUUGAUAUCGCAAUCAAAUCUAGCUUGGAUCGAAAUCAUUCUAGCCUCGACAAUACACCAUCCAGCUAUCAAGAAGGGGUUUUUAGUUCGACGCCCCGUUUUUCGAGCAUGCCAACAACCUAUGGAUCUUCGCCUCGUCGAAUGGGUCCUCUAGACUCUGCCACUCGUGCUAAGGCAAAUGCGGUCAAAGCUUUGGGGGCGUGUUGGAGGUGCCGGUUCUUACGAAAACCAGUAAGUCCAUUGAUAUAUUAUCUCAUAUUCACUCUAGUGGAAUGAUGCUCUGUGAUCAAGUCCGGUAUUUCUCUUUUUUUCCAUUGUGAAACACUUCUUGCAGGGUUUAGGCAGGAAUUCCCAUCAGGCAGUGCUUAAUUUACUGUUUUGGGAAGGUGUGCAUCGCAACGCCUGCAAAAUGUGAAGAAUAUUUCUCUCUUUGUUGGUUCAAUGUUACUUAUAUGGCUUCACUGUCCAUUUCGGUGUGUCUAUGCAACACAUGUAGAACAAGAGCUAACUAUUGAUAGUGUGACGCACAAACGUGUUGCAGUCAAUGUAAAGGCAAACAAGGUGGGCCAUGGCAUAGCAUUGGCUGCAAGCGGGGCGAGAUCAAGAACAAAAUGCUUCCAAUAUCAUUAUGUUCUAGAAAAACUAUUGGAUCGUUACAUUCACCUGCAAUAUCAGAUAUGAACAGACCUUGGCUACACGCAAAUCAUUGCAGUCGGGAAAUUUUUGAGCAGCGCGAGAAAGAUUUACUUCCCGGCAUUAUGAGGGGUUCGAGCCCCACGGAAGUCCACCGAUUUCUUCAGAAUUUGGAAACCGGCGAGUCACCGCUUUGUGCGGUUCUAAAAAAAACUCGAAUGUCCUUGGUAGAGAAGUCGAAUGAGACGGUGUCAGCUGUUUUGAAGCCGCUUGAUUACUGCAUUAUGACUAUCCUUUGGGGACUUCUCGAAUGUGAAAAGGCCCAGAGGGCAAUUCAUCUUUGGAUGGCCUUACACAGUGGCACCCUAGAAGAUUUCAUAAUACUUUUAAAUGCUGCAGCUGUAUAUCAAGCAAGUAUUGGGAGUGUAGGUAACACAAGCCACAUCUAUUAAAUCUAAGCUCAUAUAAAUCUGCAGAAUCAGUUGAUUGCUUACUCACUCACAUGCCUUCGGACUUGUGUCGAAGCUCUGCACGUCAAAGCGUUAGGAGGCUUCGAAGGCUCGCAUGAAGCAUGCGACUUCUCCACUUGUAAAGUCGAUUGCAUACGGAAUAUCGAACUACAGAUGGAGCAGUACCUUGAUGAACUAUCCCGAGUCGUUUUCAUGAAAGAAAAUAUGCGGAGUCGAAUCUGGUGGCUUUCAGCUUUCUAUAGCCUCUGCAUCCAGGGGGUCAUUCGACAAUUCCUGAUAUUAUUGUCCUCCACAGGCCAGAAUCAAGUAUCCGAAAGUGACGAAUCAAGUUCCGCACAAUAUUUACACAUUGCCAUCCGGUUGUUCACUGUGAGUUCCGGUAACCAUGAUCCAUUAAUUAAAGAUUGGUCCUCGGAGCUUGCUUUUCUAUCGACGGAUGGUGGAGCACCAAGUAUUGAAGAUUAUCAAAAUGCUCAGUUAGCGAUUAAGCAGACCGAUUGGAGACUAAAAGGUAUCAAGAAGUCGGGGAAUUAUCUAAAAAGAUUGUUUGAAGACAAUGGAGGUACUCUUGCAGAACCAGAUGAUGCAUCCAAAUUUCGUAACUCUACCUAAACUACACGUUUCCGAAACCUUUUACUUCGAAACUUGUCGGCAACUUUGUGUCGAUUGGGACCUGGUCCGAUGAAACUGCAGUGAGGAUGUAGUGCAAACCAUCAAGUAUUGCGGCCAUGGAUUGAAAGCGUAUACUGACGCUGAAGAGAAAUGGGCAUGGUGGAGGUGGAAUGGAGAAGAUUCAGUGAUGAGGCUAUUGAAAGCAUUGUCAUGGCUGUGAAACACUUUGGAGCUUGUCUGAACAAUAUUGGAUAUAUUAAGAUUUUGAAGUUAAUUACUCAGUCAGUAUCUAUCUAGAUA